UAAUCCCUUACCGUAAUGGUGCACCGGCCGGCCAGCUUAGUCAUAUAAAAAUUUAAUACGAAUAUCAAGAAUUUACGAAAAACAAAGUGCACAUUUUACACAACUUUCUUUUCGAUCUCUCAACCACGCAAAUUUCUCCACCAUUAUAGUCUUCCUUUUCAAUUUCAACACUUCUCAAUGUUGAAGCAUUAAAUCUCCAUAAAUACAAACCCCACAACAAAUCACUCCUCCACAAAUCACAUAUCCUUGUUAAGUUAUUAAUUCAUAUGACAUAGCAUUUUAUAUAAACCUUGGUCAAAUUUGUUCCUUCAUUUUUUGUGUCACAAAGAAAAAGAUGGCUACAACAUCACUUACCUCCGUUUCUUCUACUUUCCUUCAAACAGAAUUUCCAUUAAAGAGAACAAAAAGACACAUCAAUCGUUGCUCCGUUUCGAAAUGCCCUUUCAAUCCAAUUUCAGUUGCACCAAUAAAAUCCUCGGGAUCAGAAACAGCAGACACAACAUCUCUAUCCCCCGUUCCACAAAACCCAUUACCCGAAACAAACAAAAAACUUCCAUUACGAAAAAUCCCUGGAGAUUACGGACUCCCUUUAGUGGGACCCAUAAAAGACCGUCUCGAUUAUUUUUAUAACGGAGGACGAGACAAAUUUUUUAGAACACGCGCCCAUAAAUACCAAUCAACCGUUUUUCGCGCCAACAUGCCACCUGGCCCUUUCAUUUCAAAUAACCCAAACGUCAUCGUUUUACUCGACGGAAAAAGUUUCCCCGUUCUGUUCGAUACUUCCAAAGUAGAAAAACGAGAUCUCUUCACCGGAACUUUCAUGCCGUCAACUGAACUCACCGGCGGUUACAGAAUCCUCUCAUACCUCGAUCCAUCCGAACCAAAACACGAUCAACUCAAACGAUUCCUCUUUUAUCUCCUUACAUCACGAAUCUCCCAUUUCAUCCCUGAGUUUCAUUCCUCUUACGCAAAACUCUUCGAUACGUUGGAAAAACAGCUUGCAAAAAACGGAAAAGCGAGUUUCGCCGAAGCUAACGAUCAAGCCGCUUUUAACUACCUUGCGAAAGCACUUUACGGAGUUAACCCUUCCGAAACAGAUCUUAAAAACGAAGCUCCAAAAAUUAUAACAAAAUGGACUCUGCUUCAGCUUAGUCCAAUUCUUUCAUUAGGUCUUCCAAAGUAUAUUGAAGAAGCAGUUUUUCACACUUUUCGUCUUCCUCCAAUUUUGGUGAAAAAAGAUUACCAAAGACUUUAUGAUUUCUUCUACGAUGCUGCUUCUGGACCGGUUUUAGAGGAAGCGGUUCGACUCGGAGUUUCUAAAGAAGAAGCGGUUCACAAUCUUAUAUUCGCCACGUGUUUUAAUUCUUUCGGUGGAAUGAAGAUAUUUUUCCCCAAUAUGUUAAAGUGGAUUGGACGUGCGGGCGUUAAUCUUCACAGUAAAUUAGCGGAAGAGAUUAGAUCAGCCGUUAAAUCUAACGGUGGGAAAGUAACGAUGGCAGCGAUGGAACAAAUGCCGUUGAUGAAAUCAGUGGUGUACGAAUCCUUUAGAAUUGAACCACCUGUGCCGUUACAAUACGGAAAAGCGAAACACGAUUUCGUUAUUGAGAAUCACGAAAACUCGUUUCAAGUGAAAGAAGGUGAAAUGUUGUUUGGUUUUCAACCGUUUGCGACGAAGGAUCCUAAGAUUUUUGAUAGACCUGAUGAAUUUGUUGGGGAGAGGUUUAUCGGUGAAGAGGGAGAGAAGUUGUUGAAACAUGUGCUUUGGUCUAACGGUCCUGAAACGGAACAACCAACGGUUUCAAAUAAACAAUGUGCUGGAAAGGAUUUUGUUGUUUUGUUUUCUAGACUUUUGGUGGUCGAGUUUUUUCUCCGUUAUGAUACUUUUGGGAUACAAGUUGGUAAAUCGCCGAUAGGAUCUGCUAUUACAUUUACUUCUCUUAAGAAAGCAACUUUUUAGUUUUAGUCCAUGAUCAUGAUAAUGUUUUUUGUUAUGCAUAAUGAAGAUGAAUGUGAUUAUAGCUUCAUAAAAUACAUUCGCUAGAUUAUUUUAUUAAAUGCACAUGGACCGUAUCUUAGUUUAAAGUUUGUUCAUCCAGACGUUUGUUCAGAUUAAAAUAUUUUUACUUUUUGUCCAAAAAAGAAAUAUUUUAACUUUGUUUCUUAUGUUUAUGUCUGCUUGUAUAGUACUACUACAAGAGGAAAGAGAAAUAUGAACAUAUUUUGCGUGUCAAA